UAUAAGCAGAGGAGGGAUAUGAUAUUGAGUCGUGGGUUGCAAAAGCUGUUGGUCAAUCGAAAAACCCUAUAUCUGGACCGAGGGAAACUUCCCGCAUUCAAAGGUAGGGAGGGUUUCGUUCCAUUUGUUGUACCUCUCAACAACUCGCAAUCAGUACAUGGAAACCUACUCAUAGAUCGUACCUUAUCGUCGCCGAUUCAAGUCGUCAACUGGGAAAAAACACCAGUAUCCGAGGCAUACAUAGAAAAGGCGAUAAAACUCGCUUGGGAGGCUCGAUACAAAUACAGCGAACUCUGUGACGCUUCCGACUCUUCGACUGCCUUUCGUCUUGUAAACAGCUCUUCCGAUAGGCUGCCUGCUAUUUCCAUCGACGUAUAUGGAAAGUAUGGGGCUAUUCACUUGUACAGUCAAUUUUGGAACAUAUACAAGGGUUUUAUAGCGAAACAGCUCAUCCAAAAUCGAUUUUCAAAACUUAUCGAAGGCGUCUACUUAAUCGAUCACACACGCUCCACUCCGAGGCAUCCUCUGCCUUGUCCUACACCGGUACAUUACAACGCGAGAUCGCAUUGUAUAGCAGGUCGAAGUGCUUCAAAAAACGUUACAGUUGUCCAAGAACACGGAAUCAAAUACAAAAUUCGGCUUGACAACGGACCGGCUCUCGGUUUGUACCUAGACCAACGUCAGAAUAGAUAUAAAAUUUUAAACUUGCUCCGCGAUUUGCCGGACAACCCAGGCAACGCACCUAAAUCACUCUUGAACGCUUUCUGCUUUACCGGCUCGUUUUCGCUAAUUGUCGCUAAAACACUCAACGCUUUCACCACAAACAUAGACGCCAGCUCGUUUGCCAUCCACUGGGUCAAGGAGAACUUCAUGUUGAAUGAAAUCGAACUCGCAAAUCAUGAGUUCCGUAUUGAUGAUGUGUUUCAAGCUCUGGUCAAGUUGAAUCGUGAAAAAAGGAGCUUUAAUCUAAUUGUACUCGACCCGCCAACUGUGUCUCAUGUCCGUCUUCGGACAGGUCAAAAAACAGUUUUUUCAACCUCCGAGAAUUAUAGCGACUUAAUAGCUCUGGCAGCGCCCCUAACGGCUACCAAUGGCUACUUAGUGGCCUUCGUCAAUACGCACAAACUAGACAAAGAGCGCUGGCAAAGCGCUAUUCAAGAAGGUUUGGUGGCGGCGCGUCAAAAAGUUAAAACAGAGCUUGAAGAAGAAAUGCACACAAACAUGCGACACACUAUGCGAAAGCGAGGCGUCAAAGUCAAAUAUCGCCAACGCGCUCUAAAACGAAUCAAGUUCGAGAUCAACUCAAGGGAUAUGGAAAACAUGUUCAAAUUCGAGUGGAUCGAUUAUUGGACGCAAGAUGCAAGGGAUUUUCCAUGGAUAGAAGAUCAAUUAAAAUAUUUGCACGGAAUUGUCUUAAAGAGGAUAACGCCUUUUGAUGUAAAAAUCAAACCUCCAAAAAUGCCAAACUUCCCCGUCAAUGCAUACCAUACGUCUAAGCAAUCGAGAAUCAAGAACCUACAACUCAGAGAACGACAAAUGCAAACAAAAAAUCAGGUUUAACUGUGUGCUUGCAUUAAGGCGCUUGCAUGAGAUGCAAUCGUUGCUCAGCGUAUCACUGGUAUAAGUAAUAGUCAACUUUAGUAUUACGGUUGUACUUGCAUAUGUGCAUGCUCAUCUGUCGACUUAGAAAUUGGCAUUAAGCGUUAGUUUUGUAUAAUUUCUUCGUAUCUAACGGUUACGUAAGCUACAUAAGCCAUUUUUGGUACAAUCCAUCACUCAUUUUUGCGCUAUGUAACUAGUGCAAACGAACAUAUAUACAUCUACACCUUGGCGCCCGAUGUAGUUCUUUCGUAAUACCUCCUUUUCUUCUCAUCGAUAUGAGCCAAGUACCACGUCUUUGGAAACAAUUCUUGAACUGAAUGCUUCGGUGUAAAAUUAGACACUUGACUUGUUUCAUCGUAUGCAUCUACCAUUUCGUUAUAGACCCUCGGCGAAACCACUUUACGUAGUGUGAAUCGUUCUCUGAUGUCGACUGGGUUCACCACUUUUGCAAUGCUGGAUUUGACAUACACCGAAAACAUAGAAGCAGUCAGUCCUGAUCCAAAAGAGAACAGCAGAAUUCGCUUACCAACCAGCUGGUCUUGUUUCGUAAGGAGCAAUGAAAUCAGCGCAGAGUAAAGGGAGGCUGCAUAGCAGUUCCCUAGAUGCCGAGGUAGAAAAGUGCUGUCCAAAACUUUAUCUUGGUAAAGUGACCGAGAUUUGCUCAAAAAAAUUUUUUCCAUUUCUCGUUUGUCCUGGGCAGAAAUCUGCAUCAGCUGUAGAUGUAUAUCUGCAAAUUUUUCUGAAUGCGGAGUUGCAAGAUAGUCCUUGUAUAAUAGCCAUGCAAUUGAUUUUUGAACAAGUUUAUUAUAAGGUGAGUGAAAGCAAACAAAGUCGGCUAAAUCCAAAUUGAAUUCCGCCUGAUAUUGAGCCUUGUAUUUUUUUGCGUAGAGUUCAUAGCAGCAGCUGAGUGCCUUUAAGUAACAGUCAUUCGAGAACGGCCCAUCUACUACUGGAUACUCUACAUUGAGAUUUGGCUUGUAGAAAUCCCACGUAUUUUCCAUAUAUGAGCUGCGAAGACGACGAUCGAAAACAACUGGCGCGUCUGGACCUAGAAGUAUCGCAACAGCGCCAGCACCACCUGUUGGACGUGCGUUGCCCUUGCUAUAACAAGCGAUGUCGCCUGUCACAACUAGAGCAAGGCGCCCGUCCCAAGCACUGGAUUCUAUCCAAUUCAGCGAGUUAAAUAUAGCGCUCGUUCCUCCAUAGCAAGCGCUCUUGACAUCGGCGCCCUCAAUGUCUGUGUUUCCGCUCGCGAAAAACAGAUCCAUUAAGAGUGAUUUAGUCGGCUUGCUUUUGUCGAGUAUGGUUUCGGUGCCGACUUCCAGUCGGCCAAUGGAACGAGGAUCUAUGCCAUAUUUUUCCAACAAAUUGUGAGCCACUAGAACGAAAUAAAAAUUUGGGAUAUGUCAAUAUUUCUCUCUGAUUUAAAAAUAAUGGCCCGUGCGUAUUGAUAAAUAAAACAAGAGACAAAAACUGCGCGGACUGCUGCAGUUAUCUACAAAAGGGCACUAUGAAAUAGACUAAAAACUUCAAUUACUUAGCGACUGGUAGGGAUGAUAUGGUAAAGUAUACAAGAAGAAGAGAAGUACAGCACAUAACUACAAUUCGCAUGCAAAUUUGAAAAAACAAAUUUUAAAUCAAUUAGUAUUAAGUCAAGUGGACCUACCAAUGGAAGAGGUGCAAAAUCUGGGCAUAUCGUACGCCAUGUGUACUUGUUAAAGUACAAUAGACUCUUUAAUGACGUUACACUCGUUACUUCAGCACGAAGACGAGUCUAUUUAUUGAGAAAAAAGGCUGGACAAUAGAGACGAUAUCGAAACACAUAUUUUGUGUGGAUUAUCGAACAGAUUUUAAAAGAUAAUAAUAAUUGCCGUAUAUACUGGCGAUGCACAUCAAAACUAGAGACUUAUUUUUUACAUGUAAAUGCGCACAAUUCGAUUUAAA